GGUACACCGUCGUCCUCACCGUCAACCAUGCCUUGGAUUGGUACUGUCUCCUGCUUGGGUUCCUCUGCUAGUUGCUUGGCUUCACUCGGUGUGGCGCUAGGUUAAGGCACAUGUUCACCGCCCGUUAUAUGGUUCAUGUCCCUCCAAGUGCGAUAAUCUUCCUCCCACCACCUCACCCAACUUAGCAGUUACUCAUUCGUUCUCUGUUCUCCAGCCCUUCGAGAGGCCCAGCAUGCCGUUCCUCCCUGGGCUGAAUUCUCGAAAGCCGGAGGGACCCCGCAGCCAAUCUGGAACAGCCUCAGUUGACAAGGGAAACGCGGGAACACUGAGAAAAUGGCACCUAGGCAUCUUGAGUGACCCCUAUACAGAUGAAGUACCUGGCUCAGUCAUCUUGCUUUCCAAAGCGACGAAGCGGAACGAGCCCCUCGGACUCCAGCAUGCGCAUGCGCGUCACUCUGCCUCCUCCUUGCCCUCCCCUUACCCCCGGCCACGAAGUGCUUCCCGAGGGUCGCACGCCUCUUCCCGCUCCCGUGUACCAGAGAAGAAGAAGACAAAGGAUGGCAGGUUCAUAUUGGAGCCGCAGCCUGACGACUCGGCCAACGACCCCUUGAACUGGCCUAGAAUGCGGAGAGAUUUUGCUUUGGUCUCGCUGGGAUUCUACUGCAUGGUCGGAGGCGGCAUGACCCCUGUUCUUGCUGCUGGCUUCAAGGAUGUCGCGAAGACAUAUGGCGUUUCUGUGCCACAAGUCGCGCUCACCACCGGCUUGUACAUGCUCGGACUCGGCUUGGGCUCUGUGCUCGCGUCUCCCACUGCUAUCUUGUGGGGGAAGCGGCCUGUAUAUUUGGCUGCUAUCAUACUCUUCUCUCUGUCUGCAGUCUGGUGCGCUCUUUCCCCCAAUUACCCAUCUCUUGUCGUGGCCCGCAUCGUCCAGGGCUUAGCUGUUUCGCCCGUCGAGUGCCUUCCGUCCGCUUCCAUUGCCGAAAUCUUUUUCCUUCACGAAAGAGCUUAUAGACUUGGCAUAUAUACCCUGCUUCUGUUAGGAGGCAAGAACCUUAUUCCCCUCGUCAGUGCUGCCAUCAUCAAUAGCUUAGGCUGGCGAUGGGUCUUUUGGGUUGUGGCAAUCGUCGUCGGGUUCUGCUUCUUCCUCAUCUUCUUCUGUGUUCCGGAAACAUUCUGGGAUCGCACACCUAGACCAAGAGAUAGAAGUAGAGCGAGGACACGCAGUAAGAGCCCGAAAAGCCAUCAUCACCGCUACCAUUUGCCAUCGUUCAGGAGGCCGGAGAACGCAUCGCCAAGCCCAGCUGGUGAAAUCCUAGGCGACACAUCCGCACCUCUAUCCCCUAACACUGACACGGAUGCGACCCCCCGUGCUCCACGAAUGCAUAGGGUAGGCUUUGUAGAACCGCAGUCGCUAGACUCCCCGCCUGUGCGACCCGCCGCUUCCCCCGCUGGAAUCGCAACCCCUUUGUCGACGUCGUCUGUUCGCGAUUAUUUUGACCCAAUGACCAACCCUUCCACCUCUCCUACACCAGGAGCCGAAAGCGGGCAAACAGAUGUCGAGAAACAGCUGCCAUCUCCUUCGAAUGGUCCUAAUCCGGAAUUCCGCUCGACGCAGGAAUCUGAUGCCGAAAAGGCGUCGAUCGAUCAGCUUUCAAUACAGUAUACAGAUUACUACCGCGCCGCGCCCCCGAAAUCUUAUAUCCAGUCAUUGAAACUUUGGAACGGGCGGCUGGCUAAGGACAAAUGGCUGCACGUUGCAAUCAGACCCUUUAUUCUAUUUGCUUAUCCGGCUGUCCUUUGGUCAAGCAUGGUCUACGCGCUUGCCGUCGGCUGGCUUAUUGUCCUCUCGGAGUCGUUGGCACAUAUCUACCAGACUUCGGAUUCUUACAAUUUCACCUCGCUUCAGGUCGGGCUUGUCUACAUCUCGCCUUUUGUCGGAGGCAUCCUGGGCACAGCCGUCGCAGGGAAAAUUUCUGACCUUGUUGUGCGCUUCAUGGCGAGAAGGAAUGACGGGGUGUACGAACCCGAGUUUAGGCUUGUCAUGGCGAUCCCGAUAGCUCUCAGCACGACCAUCGGCCUUAUGGGGUUCGGCUGGAGCGCGGAAGAGAAGAACAACUGGAUAGUACCGACGGUGUUCUUUGGUGUCAUCAGCUUCGGUUGUUCGCUCGCGUCAACGACUGCAGUCACAUUUGUGGUCGACUCGUAUCGUGUCUAUGCCGGAGAAGCGCUUGUGACGCUCAACUUUUGCAAGAAUGUUCUGCAUGGUUUCAUCUUCUCCUUGUUCUUUCCCCAUUGGCUCGAGUCUAGUGGCUCCAAGUCCACGUUCCUGGCGAUCGGUGGCAUACAGAUGGGUUGCAUGCUCUUCUCGAUACCCAUGUACAUUUAUGGCAAGAGGGCGCGCAUGUGGACGGUGAGGAAGAACUUGAUGGAGAAGUUCUAAGGAGGGGCGUCGCAUGGUUGUCGUUCCCAACGCGUCCUAUGGGAAUUGGGAGUUCGCCUUCUGUCAUGAAUUAUGAGUCAUGACCGUGAUGAUGUUUCUGAUAUUUUUGCAUAUAUUUCCGCAUUUACCAUCUGGCGAUAGAGCGAGACAGAAGGAAAUACGUGGAAUCUAGAUCUGGAGUGGAAUUUGAGAGAUUUGCCUUGCGAUAACAGUAUAUGGAUGGACGUGUGUGAUGAUGGGAGCUUGGUGUGCCGAAUCAACUUUCAUAUUCAGGAGAGCAUGAAUAUGUGAAUAUAUGAAUACGCUGUAUGGGAGGUCUAUGACUGGCUGUGCGUAUACAUAUAAUCGCGCAUUUUACUAGAUGUAUAUCCUC